AUGAAAAAUAAAUUUAUUAUUAUACUUUUUUCUUUAUUAUUAUUAUUGUGUUUAGAUUUAAUGAUUAUAAAUGCUGAGGUUUUUCAGGAUUAUGAAAUUAAAGAUAUAAAUGAAAUUGAACAAAUUCAUGAUGUUUUGGAAGGUGAUGAAUGGAAAUCUCCAUAUCAAAAAAGAGAAGAUGCCAGAUUAGCACAACAACAAGACGAGAUGAGAAGAUUGACUGGAUAUGCUACAACUGGUAAACUUCCUACAAAUGUAAAUAGAUGUACAGGAAUAAAGUGUCCAUCUGGAUAUACAUGUAAUCAUGAUGGUGUCUGUAUGAAAAAGUGUGGCCGUGUUUGGUGUAUUGUAUCUACAGAUUGUGAAAAAGACUUGUUUGGAAUUCAAUUCUGUCGUCCACCAAGAGGAAAGAAGCCAUAA